AUGAGCCACAUCCGAGACGAUAGCAUGCCUGCUAUGACGCCAAUCCCGGUGCCAGCGCCCGUGGCAGCAACAGCCGCAACAACAACGACGACGACAGGGACGACAGGUAGUUUCAGCAGAGGGACUAUGGACGACCUGCUUAGCAUGAACGUCAACGAUAUGACGUCCGAGCAGCGCGCUCGCUUUGAGACCAAGAGAGAGCACGAGUUCUACAGCUACUACGAACCAAUUCGCGCCCUCGCAACCAGGGAGAUGGACUGGACAGACCUCAACUCGGACGAGGCUGUUGCUAGUCAUCAGCCAAUGCAGUCGUCAGACAAGGCCUUGACAGCCUUCUGCCAGCUCGCUGCCAUCCGCCUGAAGAUGCGUCGCGCCAUGAUCUUCUUCUUUGACAGUACUCACGCAUACAUUCUCGCCGAAGCCACCCGUACCCUGUCUCUGAACGACGACGCCGUAUUCGAUGACGAUGAAGAUGCGCUAUGGCUGGGUACAACAAAGAUACCAAGAGGAUUUUCUGUGUGUGAACACACGGUCAAUCUGCCAGCCAAUGGAGGCACCAACGCUAACAAUCAAGACUCGCACAUUAUACACAUCAUCAACAACCUCACAGAGGAUACCCGUUUUUGCAAUCGUCCCUACGUUGUUGGUGGUCCAAGAGCUAGGUUCUAUGCUGGUGUACCCAUCACUACUCCUAAGGGUCUCAAAAUUGGCGCCUUUUGCGUUCUGGACGACAAACCACAUGAGGGCCUGCCCAAGAAAGAGAUUGAUUUUUUGCAAGAGAUGNGGGUUGCCGUCAUGAGUCACAUCGAUAUGAUCAAGGCAAAAGUCGAGCAGCAACGAGGUACCGACAUGGUUGCUGCUUUGGGCGCAUUCACUGCAAACGAGUCAAGUUCUAGACGAGACACAAAGACUGCUGCCGAUCGUUCGCAAUUGCGCCACGACCUCUCGGCUUCUUCUUCUCUGCUCACGAUCGGCAACCUUGACUCGACUACCCCUCCCAAGAGACCUGCUAUGCGUAGGCAGUCUUCUGGUAACAGGAAGCGUCAGUCUUUUGGUGAUCCUGAUCAGAUUACAAACAUCAGAGAAAGAUCCCCGCGCCGUCAACGACCUUCAUGGUUUGCAAAGAACAGAGCUGUAUCAGAAAUGAAUGUCUACACGGAGUCAGCCAUCAGCGAAGACUCAGUUCCUCUUGGAAAUCUGCCCGAUGAGCCCAAGGCUCACUCAGUCGAACAAUCGCCCAGCGACGUCAUGCAAUCCGCUUCUGCUUUGAUUCGUAGAGCCGUAGAUGCUGACGGUGUCUUGUUCCUGGACGCCUCAGUCAGUGGCUUCGGUAACCUUGUCAGCAAUUCAUUCUUGGAANAAACUCCAGACAACGAUGUCGAUGCCACAACCAGCGGAACCGAUGGCCACCAGACCAGCGAGGGAGAGGAAACUGCUGCUCAUACUUCAGAUGCAGAUGAACAACCAUGUCCUAUCCUUGGUGCCUCCUAUGCAGCACGUACCGGAGCCAUACCCGAUUCAGAAGGUCGUCGUGACAUCUACUCACAAUUGACCCCCAAAUUCCUUCGCUCUGUUCUUCGACGCUUCAGGGGUGGCAAGAUCUGGAACUUCAAUGAGAACGGAGAUGACUACUUGGACGAACUAGUGUCUGAAAGUCAAAGUGCUUCUGACGGUGGCCCUACACGCUCAAACUCAAAGGCAAGCGAAGGAGCACAUGGUCGAAAGGCUCGCAAGAGGUCACUCAAACAUGCUCCCGGCAAACAGCUCGCAGCCGCUUUCCCGGGUGUACGUAGCUUGAUGGUCCUGGGACUCUGGGAUCCUCAACGCAACCAAUGGCGUGCUGGGUGUAUCAUCUGGUCUUGUGCUCCCAUGCGCAUGUUCUCUAAUGAGGGCGAAAUGCAUUAUCUGACUGCAUUCUGCGACGUCAUCAUGGCCAAGCUUGCGCGCUUGGAUGUUGAUGUUGCGAACAAAAUCAAAUCCGACUUCAUCUCGUCAAUCAGCCACGAGUUAAGAUCGCCACUUCAUGGUAUCCUCGGCUCGGUUGAAGUAUUGCAGGAACACAACCUUGAUCACGACACCGCAGAGAUGGUUUCACAGAUUGACACUUGUGGACGUACUUUGUUGGACAUAGUCGACCAUCUGCUUGAGUUCUCGAAGAUCAACGUCCUUACGAAACACACUAGCUCCGGAAUGCGUUCGAGAUCUAAGGAGCUACCUAGAUCUUCCACCGAGCAGAAGAACAGCGACGAAGAAUCAUCCACCCUUAACGCAGAUGUUUCACUCGAUGUCGUUACGGAAGAGGUUGUAGAAUCCACGGUGUACUCGUUCUGUUGUUCCAAGGAUCAGCGCACCCUAAGUGAAAGAAAUGUCACUGUCUCUAUGGAUAUCGAGAAACACCCCAGCAUCUCAUGGGACUGCAAGGUCACUGUCGGUGCUUGGAAACGUGUCUGUGUUAACCUUAUCAACAACGCCUUGAAAUACACGACUGAAGGUUCCAUCAAUGUGUCAUUGAGGAUCUUACCACCGAAAACUAAGCUUGGACGUCCUAUCGCACAAUUCUCCGUCACAGACACUGGUAGAGGAAUGUCCAAAGACUUCCUACGUACAAAGCUAUUUCGCGCAUUCAGCCAAGAGGAUGAUCUGGCUGAAGGUACAGGUCUGGGCAUGAGCAUGGUGGCGCGCAUCGUCAAAGGUUGGAGGGGCAAAGUCGAUGUUCGAAGCAGCAAAGGUCAAGGAAGCGUUGUCACUGUGACCAUGCCCAUGAAGCUCACGCGACGACCAAAGAGUGCUGAUCUUGAUGGAGCACAAGCUUUGUCUGCAAACAACGCCUGGUCUGGACUUUCAGUACAUGUUUUGGGCUCAUCUGAGACAAAUUGUCCCAAUGCUAUCGCCACUGGUCGCCAUCAACAGCUUGUUGUAUUCGACAAAAUGUGUUCGGGCAUGGGAAUGCGCACGUCUGGUCCUUCUUGGCAAUUGUCUGAACAGGCCGACUUUGCUGUAGUUUCAGAACACGAUUUGCCGCACCUGAUCACAAUGCUGAUAUCACCUCGAGUCAAACAGAGCGCAGAUGACAAACUAGCGAUAAGCUCAUUGCGACAAAAGCCACUUAUCGUGUUAUGCAAAGACUAUAUCACCGCUCGAGUCUUGAAGGGUUCUCGGAUAGAGCAAUUGGUCCGUGGCAGAGUUGAAUAUGUCGCCCAGCCAUGUGGUCCUAACCGACUUGCUUCCGUCAUCUACCGUAUCCUUGAGCAUUCGGAGAAUGGAGAUAUCUGGAAGUCUCUCCCGCUUAGCCCACUGACUCCCAAUACGCCUCACGGCUCCAUGACUCCACGCUUUGAUACCUGGCGCGAAUCGCACGCAUGGUCUGGUGCAUCCUCACCAAAUGAAACAGAGAGCACUCGGAGACUUACCCUCCGAAGUCGCCGACCGUCCGGCAGCGAUAUCAAACCGCCCGUGAGCCAUACCGCACCAGAAGACAGACCGGAAGUACAAGAUACGCAGCUCGACGGUAUAGGUAUUGCUAUGCCCCCGAAACCUCAACUCCCUGAAGUCGCAAAUGGAGCUUUGACAGCCGCAAGUCUGGUAGACGUCGCACCACAAGCGUCACAAUCACGCAAUCAGAGUAUUGUCAGUAUGUCCAGUGUAGUUGCCCUAUCUGCGGAAGUCUCAAAACCUUGUCUUCUCCUCGUCGACGACAAUCCCAUAAACCUCCAACUCCUCGUCUCGUACGCAAAAAAGAACGGCCACGCCAUGCACAAAGCAUCUGAUGGGCAACAAGCCGUGGAUGCCUACACGAACGCACAUCUUGAAAUAGCAACAACAACAGACAAACCUGAAGUCAUCCUGAUGGAUAUCUCCAUGCCGGUGAUGGAUGGCUUCGAGGCUUCGAGACAGAUUCGUGCGUUUGAGAGACAGAAAGGAUUGAAACCUGUUGUCAUUAUUGCUUUGACGGGGUUGGGGAGUAGUGAGGCUCAACAUGAGGCGUUUGUGUCUGGUAUCAAUCUCUUCCUUACGAAGCCGGUGCGUUUGAAGGAGUUGACGAGGCUUUUAGGGACUAUCAAGGAGACUUUCGGUUGA